AUGUCUGCCUCCGAAACUGCCCCCGCGCCAUCACCUUCCGAAAAUGCAGUACCAGAGCUGGAUAUUCCCAAGCUCCAUGACCUCCCAUCCGAACAACAGGACCUCUACCUGCUCACCUUCACAUCCGACCUAGUCCAGUACAUAUCCGGCCUCGAUGCGGCGCAGGUCUCCGCACAGCAAAAGUCGCUCAAGAAGGAAUUGUUCAAGAUCCUGACCCUCUCCUCCCCGACCCUCACACGAGUACUCCGCAAUAACCUCGGACGAUGCUUUGGCGCUAUUCUGGCCAAAGGGGAUCGCGGGAUCCUCUUCGAGACGAUUACCGACCUGCUAGGGAUAUUGAGUGCCGGAAAGAGCGAGGCUGAGAUUAAGACCAAGUUCGCUGCGGUGCACUGUCUGGGCGAGGUAUUUGCAACGGCUGGUGAGAGCGCAUUCAUGCAAUCGAAUGUUGCGACGGCGGGUACACUGAAGCUCCUCAAGUCAGCGAGCACUCAUACUGGCCUACGCGGCGUUAUAUUCUCGGUCUUGCGCAAGAUCAUUGUCGGUAUUGGUGUUCCAAUUGAUGAAUCGGUUGCGCGCGACAUUUGGAAACAGGCGCGUAAUGCUGCAACCGGCGACAAGUCUACUUUCGUUCAGGUUCAUGCGUGUCGCUGCAUGGAACAAUUAAUUAAUACGACGCCAUUCUUCGAAAAUACGAAUGACUUUGAAAACUUGAAGACUACAAUUUGGAAGGUCAUCGACAGCCCGGUCGCACCAGUUCGCCAUGCUGCGUCUGCUGUCCUCGGACGAGCGCUGGUUAAGCUACAUGUCACAGAGGCACACGUCAUCGCGGCGCCUAAACCGAAGUCGAAGAAAUCUAAGCGAAUGUCCAAAAAGCCAACCGCGCGUCCAGGUGAGGAAGACGAGGAUGAAAUGUCCGAGUCAUCUACGGCGGCGGCCAGCACGUCUAAGAAGGAUGCCCGGCUAUUCUUCCUUCUCCCCGAUCUCUUGCGACAACUAUCCUUCCAAUACUUGAAGAGUACGACCUCGAACCGCUCGCGCGCGGGUAUUUGCUUGUGUUAUAAAUACGUGCUUCGCAAUUUGGGAGAUAAAGUCGUGGAGGAACGGUAUGGCCAAAUUGCGUCGAACUUGCUGUUCGAUUUGCUGAACCACCCGACGGUCACAUACAAUCGGUUCCGAUUGCUUAUGACCCGCAAGUUUGUUAAAUCUAUUCUCGAAGACACGAUUGGCCGAGAACUGCUUCGGGAAAACAGCCAGCUGAACGCUGCCAGAUGGCUUAUCAAUGAGAUCUUGAAGGACUACCCACAAGUUAUUCAAGAGCGUCGUGAGCCGAGCAAAUAUACAUUGACCAGCACUGUUAGUGCGCUGUCCUCGCUGAUCUCAUCGCUGGGCUCUGCAUUCGCUGUUCUUGCUGAUAGCUGCCGUGAUGCCUUGCUUCAAGUUCUUCCACACCCAAGCUAUACCGUCCAGAUCCAUGCAGCGCACUGCUUGCGUGGAUUUGUGCUGGCAUGCCCCCACCAGCUUCUCUCCUGCGUCACUAUUUGCAUGAACAGCUUGAACAGAGAGAUUGGCCAGCUCGCAACACCGAGGCAGUCCCCUCGUCGCUGCGUUGGUUACGCGAACGGUCUCUCCGCAAUGCUAAGCACUUCCCGCUUACAACCGCUCUACGGUGCUGUCGAUGUAUUUGCCCAGAUAUUCACCCAAGCUACAGACCUCUUGAAGAUUAGCACCACAUCUGAGCUACGAGUAGCAAGUACUCAGGUCCAGACGGCCUGGAUCUUGAUCGGCGGAUUGAUGCCCCUUGGGCCCAGUUUUGUCAAGAUUCAUCUUUCCCAAUUGAUGCUGCUCUGGAAAAACGCAUUGCCAAAGCAUUUGAGCAAGGAAAACUCCGCCCAACCGAGCACACUCGAGACGAGUUUCCUGGCUCACGUGCGAGAGUGCGCCCUCAGCGCCUUGCUGGUCUUCAUGGAAUUCAAUAGCAAGCUUAUCACUGCUGAUGGUGCAAAGAGAAUCGCUGCCAUGCUGCAGAACACUGUCGAAUUCUUGAAUGAAGUGCCACGACCCAAGUCCAUGGAAGACAUCUCGCAGCGCCUGCAUCCAUCUUUGCAGCUAAACGAUUUUACAACUAUGGUUCGCCGCCGAGUUCUCCAGUGCUUCUCGAAGUUGGUGCAUGUCCAUCAUCCUAGUCAUGGGGAUAUCAUCUCUCAGUCUAACCUUUUGAACCUCGCGAUAUCCGCAUUUGCCGACCCCGACACUCAAAUUCGGCCACUGGAGAGCUCUAUCGCUGCCUCGACUGGUCAAUUUGAUGGUCUGUGGGAUCUUUGCGAUAACUAUGGAUUUGGUGUCACUGGACUUACCCGGGAGUACAUCCGGGUUGCUUUGACUGGAUCUCACGGCAAUGAGAACGGCCCGGCUUGGUCAGCUAUUGAUUCUGUGGAUCAGGCUGUUGACGAUGUCUUGACAUUCCCGAUCUGCGAGGCCAGCGAGCACGAUUCAGUGCUUCUCUACAGUUUGCGCGCGGGUGAUUCUCUAUGUGUUGAUCCGCCUACUACGGGUGUUGUGAACGCGGCGAUUGAAUUAUUUUCGGUCGCUAUUGCCCUUCACUCGCCCAAGAUGCAGGAGAGCAGCGUCGAGCAAAUCGCCACUUUCUUAUCCUCACCGGCUCUGCAGAGGAACCCUGGACGAAGAGCCGCAUUGGUCGUCAACAUUUCGGUUGCCUUGCUUCAUGCUUUGAAGGUGGCUGUCAAGGAAACCGAUUUCGUCGCUGGAAAGCUGAAUUCGUCAACGGACAAGAUUUUGCAGGAGCUCGUUCAGAAAUUCGUUGUCGACGCUGAUCCAAUUGUUCGCACCAUCGGAGUUGAAGCUUUGGGGCGCUUGUGUGAUAGUGCUGGGAAUGCAUGCACGAACACGCAGGUCAAUUGGCUUGUUGACACCAUCGUCGCUAAUAGGGAACCGAAUGCCCGAGCUGGCUGCGCUGCUGCCUUAGGAUGUAUUCACUCCCAGAUCGGUGGUAUGGCAGCUGGCCUGCAUCUCAAGACAAUCGUCGGCGUGCUGAUGUCUCUUUGCAACGAUCCUCAUCCUGUUGUACACUUCUGGGCCCUAGGUGGCUUGGAGAGGGUGGCAAACUCUGCUGGCUUAACUUUCUCACCUUUCGCCUCCAGCUCGUUGGGCAUGCUUGCGCAGCUCUAUAAUGCAGACACUCACAACGAAGAAGCUGCAGCGCUAGCAACUUCGAACAUUGAAAUGUCGUUCCUGACACCCGUGGUAAUCAGUCGAUGCGUGGACUCCUUGAUUAACGUUCUCGGGCCGGACUUGCAGGACGUUACGAAAACACGCAACCUGAUCCUUACCCUACUUCGCCAAUUUCAAUUAGAAGAGAACCCCGCGAUUGUUACUGAAAGCUCCAAAUGUUUGGAUCACUUCUCUCUCUAUGCUCCCAGCUUUGUGGACUUCGCCGGGUAUGUUAAGCGCUUGCAAGGCGAACUUCGUGCAGGCAACUCGUUGAUGCGAGAUGUGGCCGUUCGUGGUCUCAGCAACUUGAUGAAGAGAGAUGCUACUUCUGUUGUUCAAACAGCCACUGAAUCGCUCGAGGAUGACAUUUGGCUUGCCUUUGAUGAUGCGCCAGACAACAGACCUCUCAAGACAAUGAUCCAGGAAUGGCUGCAGCAGACUGCUCUCACUGAGACCGAGUUGUGGAUCCAUCGCUGCCACAAUAUCAUGACCAAGACCCGCAACAAGGUCGAGGCUCUACCGACCACUGCAGUCCAGACCGCUGCAGCUGACAUCCCUGAUGAUGAAGUUGCUGGAUUCGCAUCUGCGGCUGCCGGUGAAGGCCAAACCGAUCCUACCAGCGAUGGCGUCUCUGGCCAAGAAUUGUUGAAGUGGCAGACUCGCAACUUCGCUAUGAGCUGCCUCUACGAGCUGUUGGCAACCGUCCAAGAAGCUAUAUUACCAGACCAAACUAUCCCAGCUGAACUGGCACUACAAUCCAAGGUCGGAGAUAUUGUGCGAAUGGCGUUCUCUGCGUCAACCGCUAAUGUUAUUCAACUGCGGGUGUGGGGUCUGAAGAUCAUUGAUCAGGUCCUUACCAUGUUCGGAAAGACUCCAGAUCCAGACUUUGCCGAGGCAUCUCUGCUUGAGCAAUACCAGGCACAGAUCGGCUCUGCCCUAACGCCAGCGUUCGCGGUUGACUCCUCCGCGGAGCUUGCAUCCGAGGCAAUCAACGUGUCGGCCACGUUUAUCGCUACUGGUAUUGUGACGAACGUGGAUCGCAUGGGCCGAAUUCUGAAACUUCUGGUCCUUGGCCUGGAAAACUUUGCGAAGAACCCUGACACUACCGAGAUUGGCGACCUGAAGGGCCUGAACUCUAAUGCACGAGUAAUGGUCAAACUUGCUCUCUUCUCUGCGUGGGCUCGCCUACAGGUCGCAAGCAUCGAGCAGGAGUAUCUCAAUCAAGUGGUUCAGCCUUAUAUUGCUAGGCUCACGCCUCUUUGGCUGUCUUCUCUCCAAGAAUAUGCCCGCUUGCGAUUUGAGCCGGAUAUCUCGGGCGCUCUGGGCACAAGCACGCAGAGCAAUGACUUGGAUGAGGUCUAUGCUGCAUUGAACCGUGAGACAUUGCUCAAGUUUUACCAAGACACCUGGCUUAAUCUUGUCAAUGCUAUUGCUGGCCUUGUCGAAAAAGACAUUGACUUCGUGUUUGACGCUCUGGACGGCAAGCUCCAGAUUGCCGAGGAAGCAGACAAAUCCGAAAGCGACGAAAAGAAGGGUGAAAACGACGAAGAAAAGGACAAGGCCGUAACAAAUGGCGAGUCUAAGGUUAAAGGCGACAACAUCAACUACCGUGAAGAACCGGUAGCCUUCUUCUUUGUGCUCUUCGGUCUUGCAUUUGAGGCCCUUGUUGACCAGUCAACUCUGGCCUCACAGCGACUUGAGAUCCUACAAGCUCUCAAAAGAAUCUUGAGACCAAUCAUCUCUGGCAAUGCGAUCUACCAGGACGCCAUUUUCUCGGAGACCAUGGACACCUUUGACCGUCUUGUGUUGACUGAGGCAAUCCCCAUCCAAACUGUCAUCGUUGAGAUUGCGCAGAAUCUGUCUUUGGAUCACCCGGCAGCCCAGAGUGACCAAGAGCGAAGCGAUCAUCUCUCGGAUGAUAUCGAACAGCUCUUCGAGUUGACUAGAAGCAUCAUUCUUGUCCUUGCUGGCAUGCUUCCUAACCUCCGCGAAUCAACCCCUAUGGCGCGUUUCAACGUGACGUCGGAUGAUUCUCUUGCUUUGAUUCGCUUGGCCCUUCGGUCGCUCGUCGAUGUUGCGUCGGUCUUCCCAUCAAUCAUUCGCAAUGAUCUUCACGCCUGUAUACUGCACAUUUUCACUACCAUUCUCGCCACCGGUAUCUGCCAAACCGAAGUGGUCCCGCAAGCGCUUCCCAUUUUCCGACAGUUCGUUCAGAGCAUUACGCAAUUUUCUGAAAUCCCGGAGGAUAUCGAUGUGGUUGCUUUCCAACUGCGUGGCUGCCUUACUCGAUUCCUGACUAUCCUCACGAUCGCUCAGCGCCGAGAAUCGGACUCUUCUAUUCCAUGUGCCAAGAAUACCCUUCUGGCUAUUACUUUCCUCCUGACGGCCGGUGGACACGUUCUCCCGCCCCAGGAUCCCGUCAUCAACCGAGUGCUCGACGAGCUACUGGAUUGUUUGCAAGAUGUUGGACUAGCGACCGUGGCUGCCAGCUGUCUUCGAUCCAUCCUUACCAAGGCCGGCCCGCGCUACAUGACGGACGAUGUAAUCGCCCACUACCUCAUUCCGCGACUGAUUGCCUUCCUUGUCAGCUGUCCCACCGAUUCGGGCGAAGUGCCUAGCGACCCCGAGAAUUCUCGCACAGUCGUUGCACGCACCCUUGUAUCGUGCGUGACCAGCACCGCUAUCUCACCAGCCGCAAUGCCUGCCAAAAUCUCGCUUGUCAUGUCUGCUCUUCUGGCACGCGCCAAGCGCGAAGGACAGUCCGUCCACCAAGAGUCGGCCGCGUAUCUUCUUGAGCUCGCCAAGGCCGACCAGCUCAUUUUCCGCACCUUGGUUGCCAACAUGAACGCAGAGCAGAAGUCCCUCUUGGAAGAAGUCCUCCGCAGUGCGGGUAUUGGCGCUGGAACGUCGAAAUCGGGCGAUGCGGAGGAGAAUAUGCAGCAGGCCGCACCAACUAUUGCUUUGCGCAUGGAUUUCUAA